GUUACAUUUCUCCCACUCAUUCUCAAUUCAUAACAUUGCCAGCUGAUAUGCGUGCUCUGCAUACUUUGUUUAUGUGUUUUCAAUUAUCUCAUGUUUCAACCAUUUCAACAACGCCACAUUGCAAAUACUCUUAGAUAUUGUUAUAAUCCCAAAUUAAAAUGGGAGAUGAUAUAAGGAAAGUCAUUCAACAACUCAUUGUUAAAGUACCUGGUUUAUACUCUAUUAUCAUAUCAGAUAGAGAUGGAGUUCCAGUACUCACAGUUGAGUCCGACAAAGCGCCUGAAGUUGCAAUGCGGCCCAGCUUCCUGUCAACAUUUGGUCUUGCCAUAGAUCAGGGAGGCAAGUUAGGUUUGGGCAAAACAAAAACACUCAUCUGCACAUAUUCACAAUACCAGGUAAUCCAAAUGAAUAAACUACCAUUGAUUGUGAGCUUUAUUGCCAGUGACUCAUGUAACACUGGACAUAUACUAGCAUUGGAGCAACAAAUUGAUCCAAUUUUGAACAAUCUCAAGCUAGCUGUGGUAGAAACAUGAAAAUCACUUCAUUCUUUUUAUAUUCAUUAUAAACUUUAAAACAAAAAAUAAAUAAUUUUAAAACUGCUGUCUUAGCAAAAUAAAAGCAAGGUAAAAAUUAA